AUGGCCGAUGAGGCAGAUUCGAAAGAUCCAGCUCGCGGAGAUGGUGAAGAGGAAGAGCAGGAGGAAGAUGUAGAUGACACUGGAUACAAGAUGGCUAAAGACGCCGUGCUUUUCUGUAUCGACAUCAGUGAAUCCAUGAUGGAGGCGCCAGAGCCUUCGCCGACCGACAAAAAGGCCGACAGAGACUCGCCCGCGCUUGCGGCGUUAAAGUGCGCCUAUCAGUUGAUGCAGCAACGCAUCAUUUCGCAUCCGAGCGACAUGAUGGGCGUCUUGCUGUUUGGCACCGAGCAGUCGCGUUUCAUAGGGGACGACGAGGCCGAGAGAGGGAAGUUCACCUACCCGCACUGCUAUUUGCUCACAGAUUUGGACGUGCCUGCAGCGGCCGAUGUCAAAAGUCUGAAGGCUUUGAUCGAAGACGAACAAGAAGCUGCAAACCUGCUUGUCCCGUCAAAGGAACCGGUGGCCAUGUCCAACAUGCUUUUUUGCGCAAACCAAAUCUUUACCACCCGAGCUGCCAACUUCUCGUCCAGGCGACUGUUUUUGGUGACUGACAAUGACAACCCGCAUCCAAACGAUAAGGCCCUAAGAUCGGCAGCCGCAGUCAGGGCGAAAGACUUGUACGACCUUGGCGUCGUGAUCGAACUUUUUCCUAUCGCGAAACCGGGCCACGGAUUCGACCGCACGAUCUUCUACGACGACAUUGUUUACAGGUCGAUGCCAGAGGACGAGAAUGCACCCGCACCCCUCACCACCGCAGCCAAGACGUCCGAAUCCAGCGGCGGAAUCUCUCUACUGCAGUCACUGAUUUCGAAUGUCAACUCAAAGGCUGCGCCGCGACGGGCCUUGUUCACACUUCCACUCGAGAUCGGCGCUGGUCUUAAGAUAGGCGUCAAGGGCUAUGCGACAAUAAAGCGCCAGGAGCCAAAGCGGAGCUGCUACAUCUGGCUUGGAGGAGAAAAGCCGCAAAUCGCCGUCGGUAACACGACCAAGAUUGCAGAAGACACAGCUCGCACCGUCGAACAUGUAGAGAUUAGAAAAGCGUUCAAGUUCGGCGGAGAGACCGUAAGUUUCACCGACGACGAGCUCAAGAAAAUCAAGACAUUUGGCGAACCUGGCAUACGCAUCAUUGGCUUCAAAGACCUAUCUCUCCUUCCCGUCUGGGCGAACACGAAACCCGCCACGUUCCUUUAUCCUUCGGACGUGGACUACAUUGGCUCAACACGUGUCUUCUCCGCACUUUAUCAAAAGCUUCUCAAGAGCAAGAAGUUUGCGCUGGUGUGGUUUAUUGCGCGUCGAAAUGCGGAACCUAGACUCGCAGCGGCAGUGCCGUCUGAGGAAAGAUACAACGAGGGAGAACAAAUCACUCCACAGGGACUAUGGCUUGUGCAUCUGCCUUUUGCAGACGACAUUCGCAAGACACCAGAGACUCAGCUUGUUGGGGCACCAGACUCGCUCAUUGAUUUGAUGCGAAAGGUCAUACAGCAGCUUCAGUUGCCGAAGGGCAAGUACGAUCCCAAGAGAUAUCCGAAUCCAUCACUUCAAUGGUUCUAUCGCAUCCUCCAGGCCAUUGCUCUUGAGGAAGAAAUUCCCGAGACCCCUGAAGACAAAACCGUGCCUAGGUAUCGGCAAAUCGACAAGCGCGCAGGUCCGUACGUACUCGACUGGGGUGAGGAACUCGAGAAGCAGUACGCUGCAUGGCAGAGAAAACAUGGCGGGCACACGUCCCUCGCCACCGUAGGCAGCAAACGCACUGCAGAUGGCAGCGUUGGCGGUCCAGCAAAGAAACCAAAGAGUUCCUCAAGCGUGGACCUUCCGACCGAAGAAGAUAUGCGCAUCAUGUGGGAGAAAGGCACGCUCGACAAGCUGACCAUCCCAGUGCUAAAGGAAUUUUGCCACGCGAAGCGUCUCCUCACAAGCGGGAAAAAGGCUGAUCUCGUGGACAGGAUUAACGACCAUUUUGAAUCCAAAUGA